AUGGGGAGCCUCGAUAGCUCCCCAUUGUGCGACAGUAAUCAAUACUGCUAUGAGAUCGGACCCACCGACUUGCUCGAGCGCAAGGGCUCCCUGACCCUCCGCUCCCAUCACAAGAAAUACUCGAGGCCCGUGUUGGUGUAUUCCUGGCACUAUGAAAGAGAAGCUUUUCCCAAAGAUUAUGAUCUAGAGGGUCCUGAGGAGGUGAAAAACCUGUGUAACUCAACAUAUCGGCGACUUGGAAUUGACGAGCCUCCAGUUUGGAUAUCAGAAACACACGAGCAGCUGUCACAAUAUUUUUUAAAAAGAGAAAUGGCUGAAAAAAAGAGCAAGGCCUUAUUGAAUGAGGAAACAAUGUGCUCUGGAAUUUUUAAAAGGGACACUGGAUCACCUGCUACAGGCUUUGGGGCUAUCUUUACAAGACAUCCACCAGAUUGGGGAAAAAUGUGGACAUUGACAACGUACCGUGAAGAUUAUGCUCCACCAUAUAAGUAUCUGCCACGUGGUUAUCCCUGUCAAGAUGAUUACUCCAUAGUCCACAGAAAAUGCCGUUCUCAGUUCACCGAUCUGGAUGGCUCCAAGAGAUAUGGCAUCAACACUUGGCAUGAUGAGAGUGGGGUUUAUGCUAAUUCAGACGCAAAACAAAAAGUCUUCUCAUUGGCUGGUAGUCCCAUUGUUCCCUUUUUACAAUAA